AACUACCUUUAUAGCAGGAGUUAUCUGGAAGGCUCACAACUAAAUAAAAUACAACAUCAAGAUACAAUAUAAAACAAUGGAAACUGUAGCAAAUUAAUUAGUUGGUCCCUCUUAUCAGCCCCUCCAUUCUAAUAAGUCUGGCUCACAGAUCUGGGAUAGCUUUUUAUCUCAGGUGCUUAUCAGUAACCAAUAUAUCAUCUGUUGCGGAUGAAAGGAGGAGCUUGGCGACAUUUGGUAGCAUCGAAAUUCUCCUGCUGGCGAAGCAAGCAUUUGCUCACCCGCGGGCGGUACUCAGAGAAACAAUGCGGGCGCCGUUUUGCUCGCCAGAGAUACGCAGCGCUCUCUCUCCCCACCGCUAUUUCGUGGAGGAUCGAGAACUACACUUCCCAGGAGCCUCUGCUCUUCGUCCAACUUGCGACAGGAAGCGACUGUUGCUUAGAUACAGGAGGCGGGGAGUACAACUGCCAGGGAUUUGACUCCCGCGCCGCUUCUUCGGAGAGAGCCGCCCAUUGCCGCUGGGCAGAGGAGAUCAGAAAUUUCCUUGCAGCAGCUUCCCUACAGUUUCCUGUUCUUCCAGAUAAAUUGGCCAUGCUUUGCCAGUGACUUUGGAGGAGGAAGAACUAAGGAAAGUGAGAUCUUGCAGUUCUUGAUUCCUGGCCUGGAGCUGAGGCUGAGAUGUCAGAGGGGCCCUCCAGGAUUACGGGGCCCAUUCCCCCUGAUCCCUCCCUUUGUCCCGAUUACUACAGGCGUCCCCUAUCAGCACGAGAGAGACUGGAAGGGAACUCUCUGAAGCGGGAUCUGCUCCCCGGCCCCAUUCCUCCAGAAUGCAGCCUGUACCCUGAAUGCUACAGUGCCCGCCUUGCUCACCCUCCUCCACGGAUUAAGCCGAAUGCCAGGGACAUUCUAGAGAUGGGAAAGAAGGGCACAGUGGGAGCUCUCCUGCAGCUGGAUGGGAUCUCCUUCUUCCAGGAGGUGACACCCAAGCGCAAAGAUCACAAGGACUAUGAGAAGGAAAAUCUCAGGCGCAUGCGAGAGAUUCAGCGGAAAUGCAGAGAGAAGGAGCAGGCUCGGGAGCUCAGCCAACCAAAGCCCGUGAAGGCCCUGUGGAAGUCUCAGAAGUAUGAGAGUGUGGAGUCUAAAGUCAAAGCAAAGCUGCAGGAGAGUCCUAGUCCUCCGAAUCCAGAGCAUCAGAGUUACUUGAGAGCCUAUUCGCGCUGCGGUGCAGGAAUUCGCCCACGCAGGUCACCGCCUCCAAACCCUGCCCAUUCCGGAGCAACAGCAGAUGCAGCAGCUGCAGAAUCACAGAAUGGGAAUGUCAAGAACCAGGAGGAGGGUCAAGGGGUGGACUUUGUCAUCCACAAUGCCCAGAACGCCAAACGGGCUCAGCUGCAGCGCUCACGCUCCUUGCAGUCGCUGACCGAAGUGCUGGAGCAGAAACGCAAGGAUCAGGAAAAGUACAAUGCUAAGCAGAAAGGCCAUGUCCCCCGCUACCUGAUUGAGAGGAAGGACCACUGGCGCAAAGAGGCAGAGGAGCGCCAGCGCAACAUGCCUGACCCCUCCAUGCCACCUGGCCACGCCAUGAUGCCAGAGAGCCAGCGGCUGGAGACGCUCAACGACCUCAAACAAAGCCAAGAGCGCUUCCUGAAAGACCUCUUGCUGCUUCCAGUGCGAACUGACACCCUCAGCGUCCAGAACAGACGUGCCAACCUGGAGAAUAAGCUGUCACAGAUCGAGGAAGCACUCAAAAUAUUCUCUCGGCCCAAAGUCUUUAUCAAGCUGGACUCCUAGGCAGAGGCAAGAUGCUCCCUUUCCCAGCCUUCUCUUCUGGACUGCAAUGGAGAGGAAAGGUCUCCUUUUCCUUCCUUGCUCUUUCACUCAGCCAGAAAUCCUCUUCCCCCUCUCAGUCAUCCUUGCUGGCUGACUCAGUGAUGCAAGCUUCUGCCCCACACUUGUGUGGCUGACCACUCUCUGGUGCUUGCUCUUGGCACCCAGCCUUUCAGGAGCUGGGAUGCAACAGAGGUCUGCAUCAUACCUGUCUGCUUGUCUUGCUUCACACCAAGGGUGGGGAGAAUCUGUGGCCUACCAAAAGUUGCUGGACUUUGAUUUCCAUCUGCCCCAGGCAGCCUGGCCAGUGUUCAAGGGUGACGAAAGUAGUAGUCCAAACUGCAUCUGGAAAGCCACAGGUUCCCCUUCCUUGUUCUUCAUGCAAAAGGAGUAGGUUGCAAAAAGGAAAUGGGAUGGUUGGUGGUGGAGAAGGGGAGAGAGAGGUGUUUGGUCUCAGAGGAAUCUGGCCGUUGUGAGAUCUGUAAAUCCUCUGUAGCCACAGCUUGAAUUUGCAGAGCUGCCCCUCUGGGAAGAGUGCACUGAGGAGCUCUAACAGUACAGCAGGACUGAGCAGGCACCCUGGGCGUUGUUCUGCUUUUUUGCAAGACGGUUCAGUUACACGCAUUGGCUGGACAAGCGGCCAGUGCUCAGAGGGAUAGGUGUCCAAUUGUAACUUAAAUAGUUGGGUAGGUUUUUAAAAAAAUAAAAA